AUGUUAAGUUCAAUAUCAAGACUGUGGUUGAGGAACAUGAGUUCAAAGUUCACAAAUCGUUUGGCUUUGGAAAAAUCACCAUAUCUCCAACAGCAUAAGAACAAUCCAAUUGAAUGGUAUCCUUGGGGAUCUGAAGCUUUUGAACAGGCGAAAUCAAAAAACCUUCCGAUAUUUUUAUCGGUUGGAUACUCAACAUGUCAUUGGUGUCAUGUAAUGGAAAAAGAGUCGUUCGAAAAUGAAGAAAUUGCAAAAUAUUUGAACGAAAACUUCGUGUCAAUCAAAGUCGAUCGGGAAGAAAGACCGGAUGUCGACAAAAUGUACAUGACGUUUGUUCAAGCGGUCACCGGAAGUGGAGGAUGGCCGAUGACGGUUUUUCUGACACCCGAUCUAAGUCCCAUCACAGGAGGAACUUAUUUUCCGCCUGACGAUAACCGAGGAAUGCUGGGCUUCCCGACAAUUCUGAAGAUGAUUAAAAAGGAAUGGGACAAUGACAAAGAAAGUCUCAUAAAGCAAGGAAAGCAUAUAAUCAAUUUGAUGAAAACAGAGUUUGCAUCCGAUGAUGUGAGAAAUACUGAAGAAGUAUUCAAUAAUAUUCUUACGCAUAAACAAAAAACAUUUGAUGGCAAGUUCGGCGGCUUCGGAAACGCGCCGAAAUUUCCAAAAGCUUGCGAUCUCGACUUUUUAAUAAACUAUGCUGCUGCGUUUCAAACUGAAAACGAAGCCAACUCCAAAGAUUGUGUCCGAAUGUUAGAAGCGACGCUUGAAGGAAUGACACUUGGUGGAAUUCAUGAUCAUGUCGGAAAGGGGUUUCAUCGAUACUCGGUUGAUGCCGAAUGGCAUGUUCCGCAUUUCGAAAAAAUGCUCUAUGAUCAAGCGCAAUUGCUUGCAACCUAUUCGGAUUUUCACAUUUUGACAGCUCGAAAGAAUAAAGAAUUCGAAAAAACGAUUCGCGAUAUUGUCGAGUACCUAAAGGAAUGUUUGUAUCAUCCGGAAGGUGGGUUUUACGCCGCCGAAGACGCUGACUCAUUCCCUCGACAUGGCGAUCAAAAGAAGGUUGAAGGCGCAUUCUGCGUUUGGGAAAAAGACGAGAUUAAAAAUCUGAUUGGCGAUCGCAAAAUUGGAGAAUCUUCCAUGUUCGAUGUUGUUUGCGAAUACUUUGAUGUCGAAGAUGGUGGAAAUGUUCCGCGAUCUUAUGAUCCACAUGGUGAGCUCACAAAUAAAAAUAUUUUGAGAAGAUUGCUAUCCGAUGAGGAAUGCGCAAAAAACUUUGAUUUAACCGUCGAGAAAUUGCUAGAAGGAAUUGAAGAAGCAAAGAAAAUUCUUCGAGAUGCCCGAUCCGAACGACCGAAGCCGCAUUUAGACUCGAAAAUAGUGACGUCGUGGCAAGGAUUGACAAUCACGGGCCUCUCGCGUGCAUUCGUUGCCACAAAUGAUGAGACAUAUUUGGAUUUGGCGAUGAAAUGUGUGGCAUUUGUCAGGAAAUAUCUUGUGAAUCCCGAAACCAACGAUCUUCGACGUGCUGCGUACAAAUCGGAAGACGGAGAAUCAAUCGAAAUUAAACCGAUUCGCGCAUUUUCGGAUGAUUAUGCGUUUCUCAUUCAAGGCCUCCUUGAUAUCUACACAUUAACUGGAAAUCAAACAUUGGUUGAAUGGGCUUUAGAUCUUCAAACUAAAAUGAAUGAAAAAUUUUGGAAUCAUGAAGGAGACAAUGGCUAUUUCAUAAGCGAGGAAACUGUCGUUCCCGGUGUCGAUGCGCGAAUGAUUGAAGAUCAAGAUGGAGCUGAACCAUGCGCAACAUCGGUCGCCGCAAACAAUCUUCUCCGAUUAUAUGAUAUAACCGAAGAUGAGAAAUUGCGUGAAAUGGCGAACAAGUGCUUCAGAGGCGCUGCUGAAAGACUGAACAAAGUACCCCUCGCCGUGCCAAAGUUGGCGGUUGCCCACCGAAGAUGGCAGUGCGGAAGUCAUACGUAUGUAAUAGUUGGUGAUUACAAUUCCGAGUUUGUGCAAAAAGCGAGAAAAGCGAUUAAUCAAAAGUUGAUUGCGAAUUCGUCAGUUGUUCAUAUCCAGUCGAAAGAUGAUAUUUCUGCGCAAGGAGCCUCUCAUUCAGGUAUGGCACAUGGCCAGAUGCCAUGCGUUUACGUGUGCAAGAAUUUCUGCUGCUCAUUGCCAAUUCGAAACGUCGAGAAAAUUUAA